AUUUUUAAGCUACAUAAAACCUUAAACAUCAAAGCUGACAUGAGUUUAUACGGGAAUAACUCGAUUGUGCAUCCUGAAUACUUUUUCAUCAUUGGACUUUCAGGUAUACCAAACAGCAGUUACUAUUAUAUUUUCUUAUUUAUUAUAUACUGUAUCACUGUAAUUGGAAACUCUAUAGUUCUUUUAAUUAUAGCUCUUGACAGGAGUCUGCACAGUGCAAAAUACUUGUGUGUGUUUAACUUGGCCUUGGCUGAUUUUGGUGAAACUAAUGCAGUGAUCCCUAACAUGUUAAAGACUUUUUUGUUUGACUCUCAGUACAUCUCCUAUAAUGCUUGUUUGGCCAACAUGUUUUUUGUGAACUAUUUUAUAAAUGUACAAAGUGCCACUCUUGUUGUCUUGGCGUUUGAUCGUGUCGUUGCAAUUUGCUUGCCACUAAGAUAUCAUACCAUAGUAAAUAAUAUUGUCAUGUUAAUUGUAUUUUUAGGAAUAUGGACAUUAAACACUUUAGUGGUGGCUCUGUCAGUGUCUUUGAUGACAAGACUUUCAAUCUGUAAAUCUAACGUGGUAGAAAGUUAUUAUUGUGACUAUGGACCAGUGUUGAGGUUAGCGUGCAAUGACAGUACCAUUAAUAAGAUAAUAACAAAUGUCAUUGCAGUUAUGUUCCUAGUAGCACCUGUGAUCCUUAUUGCUCUUUCAUAUCUAGGAAUUUUUUUUGCCUUAAGUAAAAUUACAACUUGGGAAGGACGUCUAAAAGCUCUGAAGACCUGUGUUUCUCAUCUUUUGAUAGUCGGUUUAUUCUUUCUUCCAGUAAUAUGCAUUUUUGUUGCUUCAUCAACUACUACUCUCACUCCCAAUGUCAGGAUCAUUAGCACAUCUCUUUCAUUUACUCUUCCACCAAUGCUAAAUCCUAUCAUUUAUGUAUUGAACACAGCUGAAAUCAAAGACACCAUUAGAAAGAAGUUUAAAAAACGGAUAUUUUCAUAG